CUCUCUCUCUCUCCCCCAUGAGCAGCUCUCUUUCUCACUAGAGGAACCGCGGUUGCGCCACCACGCGGGACCGCCGCCCGCCGCCCUCUCAUUAGGGACGACUGACGCCGCCGCCUCCGGCAUCUCGGUCCGCUGGCCCAAGGAUAUACCACGACGCGAGCGCGAGAGCUCUCCUCGGCCGCCCACAGUCACAGGUUUGACUCACGUUGAAAAGAUAUGUCUCUUCCAUUGACACCCUCCAAGAGACCUAGUGAUCAGGGAUUAGAGCCAAAUGGCAAAGCGAAAAGGCAAAAUUCUGUUGGGAAAUCACAAAAUCAGCCUUCUCCAGGGACCCUUGUUUACCGUGUGCUCUGUCCUGCUGCAAAGUGUGGCAAUUUCUUGGAAAAUGGUGGUAUAUUCAUCUCUCAGAUUCAUGAAGAAACUGGCAUGGAGGUAAGAGUGGAGGAAAGUGUCCCUGGAUGUGACGAAAGAGUAGUAGUUAUUUUAGGUUCUGGAGAGGUGGAAUCUGCAUCUAAGAUGGAUCAGGAGGAUAGAAGUGAAGAGGCUACUGCCGAUAAAGAGGUUGCAGAUGCCAAAGAGCAGAGUGAAAGCAAUGAAGAUAAGGAGCCUGUUGAAGUUGAAGAUUUGAAACAUGAAAAGGAAGUUUCGUCUGCACAGCGAGCUCUUUUACUUGUUUUUGAGAGGUUGGUUGAAGGAGAAACAGAGCCCGACGUAGGUGAUGAAGAUGAUAAGAAAUCAUCCCCGUAUGUACUUAGGUUGCUCGUGCUAUCAAGUCAAGUAGGAUGUGUUUUGGGAAAAGGAGGAAGUGUAAUCAAGCAAAUGUCAAAUGAGAGUGGGGCACAGAUUCAAAUUCUUCCCAGGGAUAAGCUUCCUCUCUGCACAUCACCUUCUGAUGAUAUAGUGCAGAUUACAGGAGAAAUUGAGGCUGUUAGAAAAGCUCUCUUGUUGGUUUCUCAACAACUUAGUGAUUAUGUACCUCGAGAUCAUGAGACAUCCCCUGCUAACACGACUGGGCAGUCAUCUAACUCAUCUGGCCAUGCACUUCAUCGAUCAGAUGCUGUUCAAGGUGCCGCAAAAUUUUCUUCUAGCACACGGGAUGGUCGUGGUUAUCGUUCUACUGCGCGUCAUAUGAUGCCUAAAUUAAAUGAAGGUGGUUUAGCGGGUCAAAUGAGGCCACCUCAGGAAGUUUUAUGUUUCCGCUUGCUAUGUAGUAGUGAGAGAGUUGGUGGCAUCAUUGGUAAAGGCGGAAAUGUGGUCAGGACUCUUGAGCAGGAUACCAGAUGUGAGAUCAAAGUUGUGGAAGGUCUUUCUGAUGCAGAAGAUCGUAUUGUUGCCAUAUCUGGUGCAGCUUACCCAGAAGAUAGGGUAUCAGCUGUCCAAGAUGCAGUUCUUCGUGUCCAAAACAGGAUUGUUAGAUCUACACCCGAUAGCAAGGACAACUCUGUCACAGCCAGGAUGCUUGUCUCGUCUAAUCAAAUUGGUUGUCUUCUUGGCAAAGGUGGCUCUGUAAUAGCUGAAAUGCGGAAGUCAUCUGGAGCUUAUAUUAGAAUUUUGGGAAAGGAUCAAAUUCCUACAUGUGCUUCAGAAAAUGAAGAAGUUGUGCAGAUUAAUGGAGAAUAUGAGGCAGUUCAGGACGCUCUUUUGCAGAUAACCAGUAGGUUGAAAUUUCACUUUUUCCGCGAUGUAUUUCCUAUGAUAGAUCGUCCAUCCAUUCCACCCUUUCUGGAUCCAGCACCUCCUUUUCCUUCAUUUAUGGGAAGGAGGGAACUGUCACCCCCUGGCAUGUAUUCCAGUUUUGGUCCAUCCACGCGUAAGUUUGAUACUCUAGGUGGUCCCCGUGGUGCAUUUUAUUCCCACGAAGAUCCUCCUUUUAUGCAAAGACCAUUUAGACCUGGUCUACGCCCCCAUAUCCCUGAAAGAGGACCAUGGGGUCAGAGCCAUAUGGAAGGCGGUGGCCCUUUGGACUUUCCAGAUUUUGCAGGUCCCCCAAGAAGAAUUCCAGGAUUUGGAGGAUCUUUUGAUUUGUCGAGAGGCAGUCAACCAGCCAUCAUUACAAAUACCACUGUUGAAGUAGUUGUUCCUCGUUCUAUUGUUCCUGUAAUAUACGGAGAAGAAGGUGGAUGCUUGAAGCAGAUCCGUCAGAUUUCUGAUGCAAGGAUUACAAUCACGGAACCAAAGCCUGGAGCCACUGACACUGUGAUUAUAAUAUCAGGGACGCCUGAGCAAACUCAUGCUGCUCAGUCUCUUAUUCAAGCAUUUGUUAUGAUCGAAUCAGAGUCAGCUUGAUGUUUGUUAUUCAGGUUUGAUCGUUCAGCGACAAAUCCUGGAGUCUGGGAUUGAGCUAGAAGGCAAUUUUUCCAGUUAUGUUAUUCUUGUAAAUUGUUAACAGGCUUAGCAAAGAAGAAGCGACAAUUUUCUUGUGCUUAUCAAACAAUUUACAAGCGAAUUGUAGGGUUGGACGAAGUAUAGCCAGCUGCUUUAGUUUUAGAUUUGUAUCUUCAGGAUAGUUUGUGAAUUUCAAAUUUGUCACAGGAAAGUUGGUCAAA